AAAGGAGUGGCUGCCAUUCAAGCAAAGUUCAUCUCAGAUUGCUAAAUAACAUUAAAAAUAGAAAGGCCGAGAAAGGCGGUGGAGAGAGAAGGAAAGUUUCCACAGAGCGCGACACAAGAUGGACUUCUUCCUCAGCUAUUUGUCUGAAAAGUGGCUCCUCAUUGGUGUCCUUGUGGCCCUGUUCAUGCUAUACGGGAUAUGGCCCUACAAUUUUUUUAAGAAGCUGGGGAUCCCUGGGCCAAGACCUUUGCCUUUCAUUGGCACUAUUCGCGAACACCGAAUAGGAGUAAACAACUUCGACCAGCAAUCCCAUGAGAAGUAUGGUAAAAUCUGGGGGCUAUUUGAUGGCCGCCAGCCAGUGAUGGCUAUUUUGGACCCUGCCAUCAUUAAAGUAAUCUUAGUGAAACAUUUCUACACCCAUUUCACCAACCGCCGGGACUUUGGGCUGAAUGGAGAGCUGGAUACUUCAAUAGCCAUAACUCGAGAUGAACACUGGAAGAGGAUCCGCACCGUCCUGUCUCCAAACUUCACUAGUGGGAGGCUGAAAGAAAUGUUGCCCAUCAUCAACCAUUAUGGGAAAAUGUUAGAGGAAAGUGUCCAGAAGAAAGUAGAAAACGAGGAAUCCAUAGACUUGAAAAACUUCUUUGGAGGCUACAGUAUGGAUGUGACCACCAGCACCUCAUUCAGCAUCAACGUGGACUCCAUUAACAACCCCAAUGAUCCUUUUGUGAAGCAUAUUAAAACGUUUUUGAAGUUUGACACUUUUGAUCCGGUGAUACUUCUCGUUGUUAUUUUCCCAUUCCUCAGGCCACUUUUUGAGAGACUAAACUUCAACAUGGUGGCACCAUCGUCGUUCACAAACUUCUUCAUAGACGUUCUCAAAAAAGUCAAAAAGGACCGGCAAAAGAAUGAUCACAAGAACAGGGUUGACUUCUUGCAACUAAUGGUGGACUCCCAGAUUUCAGGCGGUGUUCCUGAAGAAGCAAAUAUGUACAAAGCUCUAACUGACAAAGAGAUUUUGACACAGGCCAUAGUCUUUAUUUUUGCCGGUUACGAGACUACCAGCACUGCCCUUAGCUUCCUGUCGUACCUCCUGGCCACCAACCCUGAUGUCCAGCAGAAACUUCAGGAGGAGAUUGAUGCCACCCUUCCCAACCAGGCGACUCCCACCUACGAUGCGUUCCAUCAGAUGGAGUAUCUUGACAUGGUGGUCAAUGAAACCCUCCGGCUCUACCCCGUCGGAGGUCGGGUGGAAAGAGAGUGCAAAGACACGGUGGAAAUCAAUGGGGUGACCAUCCCGAAAGGAACCGUCAUCGUGAUCCCCACUUUUGCCCUGCAUCGUGACCCAGAAUAUUGGCCAGAACCAGAAGAAUUCAGACCAGAGAGGUUCAGCAAAGAGAACAAGGAAACCCAAAACCCAUACGUCUACCUGCCUUUCGGAGCAGGUCCCAGGAACUGCAUCGGGAUGCGCUUUGCUCUGCUGGUCCUAAAAGUGGCUAUCGUGACCCUCCUGCAAAAAUAUACCUUCCGACCAUGCAAAGAGACCCAAAUCCCCUUGGAAGUGUGUGGCGAGGUCCUCCUGAAACCAAAAAAUCCCAUCAAACUUAAGUUGGUCCGCAGAGCUGGACUUCAAGAAUAGAAAGAUUGGAAACUGCACCUUCUCUAUCACGCCACGUGGAAUUAGUAAAUAUUGUGAAUUGGACUGCAAAGUGAAUAUGGAAAAUCAGGAUUAUGAAUUCAUCUCCUACCCCAAAGGACUAAAACUUGGGCCAAAAGAGGAGAAUGGGGGACACUAUCAUUUCAAUUUCAGGAAUGUCAUUGUAAUAAAAAACCAAUACAGUG